AUGGACGCCGACUUCAGGCCGAACCAGCUGAAAAUCGUCCCCUACCAGACGCCGGGACAGGCCCCAGAAGCGGGCAAGAAACGCAAACGAAGAUGGACUCAAGUUGAAGGCCACAAUCGGCCGUCUUUGAAGAUCAGGAAUGCUUGUAUCGCCUGCAGGGAGAAGAAGACCCGAUGCUCUGGCCACAUGCCCUGUAUCCGAUGCCAACAACACAACCGGCAAUGUCAAUAUAUGCCGACAACAGCAUUACCGCAUCCUUCCGAGAAACGAGACAGCAUCGCGAACCCGGCGAUAUCUCCCGUAGAGGCAGCGACGACUAUUUCUCUCGAUCAGCAGCAUUCAGACGGCACCCAAGCACCCAACUUUCACGACUUCUCGCCCGUAAACCCCUCUUCAGCAAACGAAGCAUCAGGAGAAACACCAGAUGGGCCACUCCAGGAAGACCAGUAUGGCCACUUUCACGGCGGCGCCUCCGAGUUCGCCUUUCUUCACAUGGCAAAGCAGAAGCUGGCGAGCUUGCCAUCAAUGUCGAUUCGCUUUUCUGAUUAUCCGCUCGCCGAGUCCGGAGACUUCCCUCCAAUCAUUCCUCCGAAGCACAUCGCAGACAAGCUGUUGCGAGUCUUCUUUGAUUUUGGACUAACUACGUCACGAUUUGUGCAUGAGCCGAGUUUGGUGGAGUCUUUCGAGAAACUGUACAACGAUGGACAGUGUGAUGGCCUCAAUAAUGACAACCUUGCACUGAUUUACAUGGUGAUGACUCUUGGCUCACACUAUUCGAGAGUCGAGAACAUGUACUGCGGGUAUGCUCCAAGCGUUCGCUUCUACCACAUGGCCGACAAGCAGCUCCAAAAGGAUACCAGCAAAAUCACCUUCGCCUCCCUUCAGGCGAGAAUGCUGGCAACGCAUUAUCUGUUGAACCACUCCCGCAUGCACGAAGCAUGGUCCUCAUUCGGCAUCGUCGUUCGCCACGCCCAGGCCCUCGGCCUCCAUCGUCGCAGCAUAUUCGGUCGUCCCUGUGCGAUACAUGACGACGACAUCGACCAAGACGAGUGUGCCCUGGCCAACGACGAAGACAUCACCCCAACAAGCUGCUGCGUCACUGCCGACGGAGACUUUUGCUCAGCAGCAGCAAUGUUGCAUUAUGCUCGUCUUUCGAGGAUACUGGGUACAAUAUUGCGGAGAUUUUAUAGCCCUGUGGCUCGAAACAGCAACGUCCUGCAGCUAUACCAGGCCGCCACUGAUUUCGAGAGAAGCCUAGUAGACUGGCAAGAUAACCUCCCGGCAUACCUCAACUACGUCGUCCUGCCUCCCUCGGCUCUUUCAACCAUGACACAAAGGCAGACAUGCACGUUGAAGCUGAUGUUUGCGCACGCCAGUCUUCUUCUUUACCGUCCGUUCAUGCUCUACUCCAUGGACCCAUCCACCAGCGCUAUCUCGCGACUUGAGCAGUGGGUCAAGCGAUGCCAUGAUAAGUCUAUAGAGGCUGCAAAGAUGGUUGUCAACGAGUGCCAGUACCUCUGCCAACGAGGCUUGUUUUCGAGGGUUUUCUGGCUGGUCAAUUACAUGCAGUUCGCAGCCGUCGGCACCCUCUAUAUGUACUCCCACUUAUGGCCCGAAGCAACGCAUGUUAGGGACACGGCAGAGGAUGCCAUGGCCGAGUUUCCUGUUGGUGUCGAAGGAGAUCUCGUAGGCCAAAGAUAUGUCGAGAUACUGAGUGAACUGCGAGAGAUCACCGCAAAGUCUACAGCUAUGCCGUCGAUGGGAAUGGACCUGCUUGCAAGAGCAUGCACUGUGGAUGAGUUACCCGCAUUUGAUGAUUCGCUGAUGGACUUUGGAGGCUCAUUCUCUAAUCUCUUCUUCGAUGUAACUGCCAUGGACGAGUACAUAGCAGACCAUACUAGAUAA